AUGGCGCCUCCGUACCGGAAUGACAGGUUUUCUUCUGGCUCAUCUAACCGACCGUUCCCUUCGCGAAAUGAUCGCGAUGGCCGCAUGUAUGAUGAUCGAUCCCGGUCUCGCUCGCCUGGUGGUGCACGCUCCCCUCCUCGAAGACUAGCGGCCGACAGCAGACUCGAGUACCCCAGAGACCGAGAAUCUGGACAAGGCUACCGAGGCCAUGAUCGAGAUGAUAAUCGCCGUCGAACCUCGCGCUCUUCUCCUCAUAGGGGCAGAAACGCGUACAAAGACCGCGAUCGAGAGGGUUAUCGAAGCGCGAGCGGCAAUCGAAGCCGAAGUCGCAGCCCUCGUCGAGGUCAGCCGAAUAUGGGACAGGUGAGCCGAGAAGUGAUGAUGGAUGGACUUCCGGUGGACAUGACCGAAGAAGAUAUCGCGACUGAACUCAGCAAUGCCUAUCAUACUGACGGCCUGGAAGAUAUUCGAGUUAUUCGUGACCGACAAACGAAGUUGUCGCGGCAACUAGGGUUCCUGCGAUUUUCCACGAUUGACGCAUCACGCGAAUUUGUCGAACGCAAUCAUCCUUCCAUCUUUUUCUACGGUCCCACAAACGACCGUAGUACUCAAGUUCGCAUAGCUUACAGCCGUGAGAGAGAAGACCGAGCUCGCGCAAAAGGUGCGAGUGACUGGAACUGCAGAAAGUGUCUCGUUCUCAACUUUUCCACACGUCCACACUGUUUCAAGUGCGGUAACCCACGACCCGAUAUGGAUAACGGUCCCCCAGGAGUUCCGAUUCCUAAGAUAGCUAAUGAUGGUGACAAUGAUGUCGCUCCUGAGAGCCAGCCUUCCCAAUUCUUGCUGAUCCGUGGUCUGGAGGCGUCUGUCACAGAGGAGCUUCUUGCCAAAGGAGUUUCUAAACUCUAUCGGCCGGCUGUCAACAAUGACAGCGCCACUGACAAUCAAAAGAAGGGAUCGAAGAUAGCAUCGACCACUGGUGACAGCAACUUGGGAGCUCGCGAAGGCUCUCUCCGCCGCGUGCUCCUUGUACGUGAUCGCAGAACCAAUGAAAGCUGGCGUUACGGAUUCGCAGAAUUCGCGGGAAUCAAUGAUGCACAAGCUGCCAUGACGAGACUCAAGUCUUUCGAAAAGUUUACCAUCUCCUCAAAGCCGGUGUUGGUCACCUACAUUCACGGUGGAGUUUUUGUUCCAGUCAUGAACGCCUCAUCCAGUGCUAGUCACUUCACAUUCAGCCCAUCUAACAACCCAUCGCUGAAGUUGAUGUACUGGGAUGAUGCAGCAUACGUGAAGGAACUCGUGCUGUCAACAGAGGAAGACGAUCCUGUAGCCAACAAGACAACUUCCAACCAUGGAGACGUCCAAGCCAAGGGCACGAAGGACGAUAAAGGCAAAAAGAGAAAAGCCGAUGGCCCGCCUAUUUCGAACCCCAAGAAGCUUGCAAUGCCAUCCCAGCUCCAAUUCUGGAGUGACCGCCACGCUGAGCUACAUGGGAUUAACAGAAAUGAUGCCGGAAACCCCGCAGAGGGCUCGACCUCCGCAACUCUGGCGACUGACUCGGCCGCUCCACCAGCUCCAUCAUUCGCAGACUACAACCAGAACCGCUGCCUCCUGUGCAUGCAGCAGCUUGUGGAUGCGGGUCAUCUCAGAUACCACGAGCGCACUAGUGAUAUCCACAGCGAAAACCUAAAGGAUGUCAAAUUGAGGGAACUCGGCGUAUGCUGGUUGAUGAUCUAUGGUAUCGUGCCGUUGCCUACUCCGAACUAUCAAGACAGCAAAGACGAAUAUCGUGACGGACUUGAACAAGAAUACUCCAUCCCUCCAUCCGCUCGAUCCUUUGCAGACCUGAAUCGGAACUGGUGCCUGUUGUGCUUCAGCAAGUUUGAUACUCCGGCAGAGGUCCUCGUGCAUGACCGCGUCAGUGAAUACCACCGAAAGGAAUUGAAAGAUGAAGAGGCGGUGAAGUGGGGCUUGAACAAGCUUAAAGAGGCGGAUAUCGCGCAGGAUAUCGCGCCGGCGGCUCCAGAAUAUAGAGACCGCGCAAAGGAGCGUCGGAAGGCGUUCGGACGUAACGAUGCCAAUGCCCGCCCGAGACCCUCUGAACCAGAGGAAGAGGACGAGACACCCGUUCAGACAUCCUCGAUCGGCGCCUCUCUUCUCAGCAAGAUGGGUUGGUCGGAAGGAUCUGGCCUUGGUGCUCAAGGAACUGGUGUGACUGCGCCAAUUGCUACAGAAAUCUAUGCCCAGGGCGUCGGACUGGGUGCGCAAGGAGGUCGACUGGGCGAUGCAACCGAGGAAGCUGGUCGGAACACUCGGGGACGGUACGAUGAAUUCCUGGAGAAGACCAAGAACGCCGCACGCCAGCGCUACGAGGAGAUGGACCGAUCUUGA